UAACAGUCGAAGAUAUCCGUUAUCUUUGCAUGAUGAUAACUCAGACGUGGAAUAAAGCGAGAAAAACAAAAUAGAAAGCGAUAUUUUCAAAGCGAAUUACGAAAAAUUUGAGAUUAGCUACUCGAUGUACGUACUGCAUUAUGUAUGUUAGCGAAAACGAUUCGAUUGCUUUGCAAUUAGAGAUAAAACGAGAUUGAGCAAUAAACGGAGAACAAAGUAUUUCGUCAAGAAUCGAUGUUGAUGUAAGUUUUUGAAACAGCCUUACGUAAAAAUUUCUUCCGACUCUGUCCCACGGUGUUGUCUGAAAAUAUUCACAGUCGCUUUACAUAACGCCGAACGUCAGAACAAUUUUUUCGCUGAAAUAAACAAAACGAACGAUAUUUACAGUUAAUUUAAGUAAACAUAUGGAAUCGGGUAUGUACUCGUCUGAUCAAUGGACCGUGAUUUGGAUUAUUAUCCAGGCUUGUCGGUAAAGCGUUUCAACUUCUGUAUCCACGCACGACUCAUCGUUUAUGUUUCAGGUGCGGCGACCACUCGAGAAACUGUAUACCCGUGCAGAGUGUGCGGCAAAAUCUACUCGAUAAAAUCUUCCAUGUAUACGCAUCUCCGCCUAUGCGGAAAGGAACCGAAAUUCAACUGCGUUCUCUGCGGGAAGAGGUUCAAAUACAAGCACAGACUGCAGUCGCAUCUUACCUCAAAUUUAAGGAAGCGUGGAUUUGCUUUCGAUGUGGCAAACGUUAUCAAUGGCGUGCUUCCUUGAAGAAUCAUAUCCGAGUGGAAUGCGGCAAAGAACCUACUUUCAAGUGUCCAAUUUGUGGCAGGAAGUUCAAGCAUAAACAUAGAUGGCAAUCACACGCGAAAUCCAUGCACCGUAUUAACUUAUAACGAACAAUUUCCAACAUUCCGAUGUCGUCGAUGUUCAACAAAUGUUUCCCUGCGAUUCUUCGGUUUUGCGACAAAACAGUGCAACAAUUACCUACGAUAAUAAAAAUUUUAUCGACAA